GAAUGCUGCCUAUGUCUACUUGAUAACUGUGGUAUUUGUUGCAGGGACUGCUGACCUUCAGGGAUGUGGCCAUAGAAUUCUCUCAGGACGAAUGGGGAUGCCUGAACCAGAGUCAGCGAGAACUGUACAGGGAUGUGAUGUUAGAGACCUAUGGACACCUCCUCUUCUUGGGCCUCAUUGUGUCGAAACCACACCUGGUCAUUUUUUUGGAACAAAAGAGGGAGCUCUGGGAUGUGAAGAGAAAGAAGACGGUAGCCUCACCAGCAGCUAUAUCUUCACAUGGCACCCAGAACCUCCUGCCAAAACCAUGCAUAGAAGCCUCUUUACAAAAUGUGUCACUGGGUACAGGGAAACAUCAUGCCCUUGAGAAUUUACACUUGAUAAACUGCGACAGUGAUAGAAAGAAUGAAGCGCAUCAGAAGUUUUAUGAAGGACGUGGUCCAAUUGAGACGAAUGCCCAUAAUAAGAACCUCACGGCCGCAAGUGGUGAAGGACAUAAAACAUUUUGGAAAACCGCCCUUUUUACAUCCACUAUUUGUGCAAAGGAGUGUGCAUCUGUAAGAAGUUCCAAUCAAAUAUGCAAACAUACAUAUUUGUGCAACGAAAAUUUGGAACAUUUGGAAAGUUACCCCAUCUACACUGAAAACAAUGCUUUGAGCCAUUGUGAAAGUGGGAUUGGAUUGACCUUUCAGUCAAAUAGUUCUAAAACUCAGAGAUUCAAAAAUGAAGAUAAAAGGCCUAGGACGUAUCAAUUUGGGAGGCGCUUCAUAGAGGAGGUGACCGUGCAACAUUACCAGAGCAUUUUCAGUGGAGAUACACUGGCUCAAUACAGUGAAUCUGAGACACAGUCUAACCAGGGAUCCCAUGUUAGCAAACAUCUGAGGACUCUGCAAGAAAACCAUUUUGAACCUAAUAAAGAUGAGGAAGUCUUUUACCCAAACUCCAAGCGUACCAAGAGUAAGAGAACGCAGAAGGGAGAAAAUACUUCUAAAUAUGAUGAAUGUGGGAAAGCUCUGAAGCAGUCCUCCAGUAUUGCUGGUCAUCAGAGGAUUCGUGUGGGGGAAAACCCAUACACAGGUAAUGAAUCUGGAAACAUGUUUAGUCAAUCGUUAAGUCUAAAUACGUAUAAGACAAGUGGUACUGGAGAGAAAAGGUACAUUUGCAAGGAAUGUGGCAAAACCUUUGACAGGCACUCAACACUAUCUCAACAUCAGCAAAUGCAUACUGCAAAGAAAAUUGACAAAUGUGAAGAAGGUGGUCAAACCUUUAAGGAUAGGUCAUCACUCCAUGCACACAGGCAAAUCCAUACUGCACCUCACAAAUGUCAAACAUGUGGCAAGGCCUUUAGCAAGCAAUCAUCCCUUAUUCAACAUCACAGAAUGCAUACUGGAGAGAAACCUUACAAAUGUGAAGAAUGUGGCAGGGCCUUUAGCCAGCAAUCAUUGCUUAUUCAGCAUCACAGAAUCCACACUGGAGAGAAACCUCACAAAUGUCAAGAAUGUGGCAGGGCCUUUAGGCAGCAAUCAUCCCUUAUUCGACAUCACAGAAUUCAUACUGGAGAGAAACCUCACAAAUGUCAAGAAUGUGGCAAGGCCUUUAGCCAGCCAGCAUCCCUUACUAAGCAUCACAGAAUGCAUACUGGAGAGAAACCUUACAAAUGUCAAGAAUGUGGCAAAGCCUUUAGCCAUCCAACAUCAAUUAGUCGACAUCACAGAAUUCAUACUGGAGAGAAACCUUACAAAUGUCAAGAAUGUGGGAAGGCCUUUAGCCAGCAAUCAUCCCUUAGUGGACAUCACAGAAUCCACACUGGAGAGAAACCUCACAAAUGUCAAGAAUGUGGCAAGGCCUUUAGACAGCAAUCAUCCCUUACUCAGCAUCACAAAAUCCACACUGGUGAGAAACCUUACCAAUGUGAAGAAUGUGGAAAAGCCUUCAACUAUUCCUCACGACUUAUUGAACAUCACAGAAUUCAUACCGGGGAGAAACCCCACAAAUGUAAAGAAUGUGGCAAGGCCUUUAGCGAAUACUCAGCCCUUACUCGACAUCAUAGGAUUCAUACCGGACAGAGACAUUACCAAUGUAACAAGUGCAGCAAAACCUUUAAUUUGUGUUCCAGCCUUACUAAGCAUCACAGAAUCCAUACUGGAGAGAAACCUUACCAAUGUCAAGAAUGUGGCAGAGCCUUUAUCCAGCAAUCAUCCCUUACUCAGCAUUACAGAAUGCAUACGGGAGAGAAACCUUACAAAUGUCAAGAAUGUGGUAAGGUCUUUCGUCAGCAAACAACCCUUACUCAGCAUCACAGAAUUCAUACUGGAGAGAAACCUUACAAAUGUCAAGUAUGUGGCAAGGUCUUUAGCCAGCAAUCAUCCCUUAGUCAGCACCAGAGAAUUCAUACUGGAGAGAAACCUUACAAAUGUCAAGAAUGUGGCAAGGCCUUUAGGUUGCAGUCAGACCGUAAUGGCCAUCACAGAAUUCAUACUGGAGAGAAACCUUACCAAUGUAAGACAUGUGGCAAGGGCUUUACCAAAUGCUCAGGACUUCGUCAACAUCACAGAAUUCAUACUUGAACCAACCUUACCAAUGUAACGUGUGCAAAAGGCUUUAAUCACCAAUCAUUCUUUAUUCAAGAUUACAGAAAUCAUCUUGGAGCAAAUGUUACAGAGUUUAAGACUGUGAAGGAAUUUUCCCCCCACUUUUUUAAAAGUUUUUCUUCGAUAGAAUGAGUGGGAGGUUGCAGAGGCAGACACACACACAGAAUGAAAAGCAGGUUCCAGGCUCCAAGAUUUUGGCACAGACAGCUCAGAGCCUGAUGCAGGGCUCGAACCCGUAAACUGCUAUAUAAUGACGAGGUGAAGUUGGAUGCUUCACUGACUAAGCCACCCAGGCACCCCAAGACUGUGAGAGAACUUUUAAGGAGGGCUCAACGCUACUCCACACCACAGAAUCCACAUUGAGGAUUAACGAUACCCAAGUAAACAAUGUGGCAAGACUUUAACCAAUGCUGAUCCCUGAUUUCGUGUCAGAGAAUGUGUCAUAGAGAUGAUUUUUCACAUAGAAAGAUUCAGGAAAGCCCUUUAAUGGUGCUCAAGCCUCAUUCCACACCACCAAAUUCAUACUUGAGAGAUCCUUACAAUUGUAGAGAAUGUGGCGAAACAUUUCACUCAGCUCAAGCCUUACUCACCAUCACAUUGUUCAUACAUAGGAGGAACAUUGCAAAUGUGAUGAAUGUAGCACACCCUUAGGUGGAAGUCCUACCUUAUUCAACAUCAUAAUUCCCAUAUGAGAGGAAAACUCUAAAAUGUAAAAAGAAUGACAAAGCUUUCAUCUGGAACUCAAUCCUUAUUCAAUAUCUCCAAAUGCAUGUGAGUUCAAACCAUUCAAACUGAAUGCAUGAGGAAAGCCCUUCUUCAUAAAUAUACCAUGUGGAAAACAUCAGAGAGUACCAAAAGGAAAGUAAGUUGAAAGAUUGAAGUAUUUAAAAAUAUAUUUAACUGAACAUAAAAUGUCAACACGUGUCACAGAAUUCACAGCAGAAAGCAGUAAGUCUGUGUAUUCAGACAUUACAUCAAAAUAAUUAUUAGCAGGAAUAAUACAAAGGUAAACAUUUAGAUAAUGUAUAUGCUUAUGCUUUAAAUGAUAAAAGGGAUGGCGUUUUGCAUACAUAUACUCUCAAUAUUUUUACAUUAACCUAUUUAAGAUUUGUGACUAGUAAACAUUAAUAUGCUUCUUAUUCUCAAGUCACUUCAGAAAAUUCAUUUAUUCCUAGUGGGUGUGUGAACGUAUGUGGCUGAGUAUUGCUACAUCAAUGAUAUGAGUUCCCUUCUUUCUUAGGUGGGACUCAUACAUAUGUAAUUUUCCAUGGAAGGUGAAGAAGAAGAGUUGAAUAAAAUCUAAAUGGAGAUGCUUUCUGUGCCUCUAACCUUGCUGUAAUUAUCAUGAAAGAGGUGUUCAGGACACCAUUGUCCCUUUAUUUCAACUACAAGUGUGUAUCACAAAUAAAAUGUUGCACUAAAUGAUCUUUAAGGGAAAGAGGGUCAGUCCACUGAAAAACGUGAUGCAGGUUCAUCAUAGCAAUAGUUACAAGUACAGAAUAUCAAUAUCAAUGUCAAUAUCCUGAUGUAAUUGAAAGGAAGAAAUCUUCACAGAUAUCAGAAAGAAUAUAGCAAAACCUUCCUAAAAUAGCUAGGAUACUACAUUCACAUUUUUGAACAAUCACCUCAGGCCUGAAAGAAUUUCAGUAGGCAAACUUAAGCUGUACGUAACUUAAAAUAGACUGUCGUGUCUUCUUGAAUCUUCAUGGUAACCAUGGAGCACACUGGUAAUCGAUACCCAAAAGAUAAAGAGAAAAGAAUCAGGGUUUACCAUUCUUGAAAAUCAUCAGAUCACAAAAGUAAAGAGAAAAUGGAUAAGAAAGGGAGCAAGAAUUCUAAAGUAGCCAGAAAACCAUGGAAAGAAUGACAACAGUAACUCCAUUCCUGUAUCAAUACUUCCUUUAAAUAUAAAGGGACUAAAUUCCCAAUCAAAAGAUAGAGAUUGGCUGAAUGGAAAGAAAUCCAAGACCCAAUCCUAUGUUGUGUUCACACUCAGCCUGAAAGUGCAGAUAUUCAAAACGAUAUUGCAUGCAAUUGGAAACCAAAAGAAAUGGGGUAGCUAUGCUUCAGACAAAAUAGACUUGAAUCAAGGACUAUAAUAAGACACGGCAAGGUCAGUAUUAAACAAAUGGGUCACUUUGUACACGGUUUUUAGUUAAUGCGCCAUUUGGCAGAAGGCAAUAAAGUCUCCCCCUGUUUUGGUUUUGGAGGACAAUAAUAGUUUGGUUCUUUAACUCAUACUGACACAUUGAAAAGAAACACCUUUUUCUGUAAGUGUGGGUGGUGUUUGUGCAGAUGCCUGAAUUGUAGUUUGUGUAAUGUUUCUCCACAUGUGUAUCUUAUGACGCCUUGAAAUGGCUACUUGAUAUUCAAAAGCCGAUUGCUACCUUUAGAGGGCUGGGGAAAAUAAAAAACAAUAAAUGACAAUGCGAGAAAGACUAUUGCUUCCAGAUUUUGAAGUGUGUGGGAAAAUACUGUUGCAAUGAAAAUCUUGGUAAUUUACUGCAAAAGCAGCCAAUAGUUGAUCAAAACCAAAUUGUACAGGCUAAUACAUCUUUCCCAGAGUAUUCACUUUUCGAACACCAUGCUAUUGUACCUCGCAAUUUUUUUCACUCACAUGUUAUUUACUUUUCAUUGUUAUCUACUCUUUUAAACACAUCAAGCAAGUUAUUUUUUAUUUCAGGCAUGGUACUGUAAUAUACCUGUCAGUAAGAUUUCCGGUAUUUCUGGGCAGUUCUUUGUAUACAUUUGCAAUGAUCAGUUUUUUAUGGGUCAUCGUGUCAAUAUAGCAGAUUUAUUUCAAGUUGAGUUCUUUCUGAAAUGUUCAUCUUCCCAUAAGCUAACCUUACAUUCCACUUGGGUCCCCCAUUUUGGAUUACAUUACAUGUGACCAAAGUUUUUAUACAUUCUAUGUCUAUUUA